GUCAUUUUUGAACAUUUUCCCCUAAAAAAACCAGUUGAAUCCCAAAUUGAACUUGAAAGUGGCAGGAAACCCAAAAGGAGCAAAGCCCAGACCUCCGUCCCUUCUUCAGAUCUCUUAACAGCCGGGUAAUCACGAGGCUUCACAGGCCUAGGGUGAAAAGCAUGGCGUUGCGGCAGUUGUGUGGAUUUUCUGAUGGGGAGGUCAUGAGAUCAGAUUGUAAGCCAUGUUCCCGACUGAUGCGACAUACGGCUGGGAUAUUCUCAUUUGGAGGAGCUUUAGGCUUUUGGGUUCUGUGUCGUUUGCACUACGGCCCGAGGAUUAACGUUCCUCGAAGUCUUAGAUGGGCAGCUUGUGGGGCGGUCUCUAUGAGUUCUACAACCGCAUUUCUGGUUCGCCUCUUUAGCCCGGAAUGUGAACCCCAAAACAUAUCUGCCUAUGACAAAAAAGGAUAGUGUUGUUGUCUACUGUGGGUAUGUUUGCUGUUAACUAUCACUGCCUUGUUUGUUUCAGGAGCUUAAUUUUUAUUUUUUUUUGCUUCAUUUCGAAUGAUUUGAGUUCAUAGACAGUUUUAAUAAUGUCAUCUUAUAAAGAUAUCAUCAUUUCCAUCCUACCACAUCAGAUCCAAUUUUCAACUCACAAGUUUGAAUGUUUCAUUGAUAAGAAUCAUUUUUAACCUGCAUUUUCUACCACUUUUCUUUCUUGAAUCCCGCGUAAGGUCCACGGA